ACAGAUGUCAGAUAAAGUAUUCUAAUUUGGCAGUCGAUAUACGGCAAUUUUCAUCAAAUUUUUUACAAUCAUUUACUGACAGUAUUAGUGCUUUGUGUGAUGCUAAAGGUCUUUAUAAGAACGAUGAGACAACUACCCAGUUCCUGUGACACCUUUGUGGUCAUGCCACCAUUGACCAAACAUGGGGUUAUUUUUGGUAAAAAUUCAGAUAGACCCAGAGGCGAAGUUCAAGAAGUAGUUUACAUUCCGGGAGGUGAUCAACCAGGCUCAAUUAAAUGUACAUACAUAGAAGUAGAAUCUGCAGGCCCUACCAAGAGUAUCAUCUUAAGCAAACCAAAUUGGAUGUGGGGAGCAGAAAUGGGAGCAAACGAAUGUGGUGUAGUUAUAGGAAAUGAAGCAAUAUGGACCAAUGAUAAUUCUGGAGAUCACGAUCCCAGUGUUAAAAGACUUCUUGGAAUGGAUUUAUUAAGGUUGGGCCUAGAACGAAGUGCAACAUCUACAGAGGCCCUUGAAGUAAUAACCCAAUUAUUAGAAAAAUAUGGACAAGGUGGACCUUGUUCUAAUACUGAUAGUAGCCUAAUUUACCACAAUUCUUUUUUAAUUGCUGAUGCAUCAAUAGCCUGGGUGUUAGAAACGUCCGGAAAGCAUUGGGUAGCUGAGAAAAUUACAAGUGGAUAUAGAAAUAUAUCCAAUGCUGUAACUAUUAGUACAAAAUUUGAUAGGCAUUCUGAUGGUAUUCAGGAGUAUGCAAAAUCCACAGGACUGUGGAAUGGAGAGGGAGAAUUUAAUUUUCGAGAAAUAUUCUGUGGCGAGAGUAAACCUUAUGGCAGUAGAUAUCUAGCAGGGGAGAAACUUUUGAGUAGUAUGACAGCUUCUAACAAUUUCAAGGAAACUGAUAUGUUUAAACUAUUACGGGAUAAGGAAUCGGGAAUCUGCAUGACAGUGGACAGUGCAGGAAGCGUAACCCAAGGAAGCCAGGUUUCUUCGUUAUCCAGUAGCCAACCGAAUGUUCACUGGUUUACAGCAACACCAGACCCAUCCAAAUCAGUGUUCAAGUCUUUUGUAUUUACUAAAGGGGCAGUAGUCUCAAAACACACUAAGUGUUCCUCGCCAGAGGAACCACAUACGUUAUAUCUUUUGCACCAUUCUGCCUUGGAAAAGAGCAAUAAAGAUGACGUUCAAGACUUAUUAAGGAGCAUGGAAGCUGAAUGUGUUGAAGAAUUAGAACAAGUAAUGGAACGAGUCGGCGACGAUCUUUCCGAACUAGACGAAUUAUUCAAAGAUUGCGUAGAAACCGAAGUAAAAUUUUACCGCUAGAAGAAGAAUUUAGAAACUUCAUCUUACUGACUUCGUACUAUGAUUUAUAUAGCUGUCAUAAGGGUUAAGCACAUUUCUUGAUAGAGUUUGCUUACUAUUGGUGUGAUAACGUGAGGCGAUAACUUACUUCUAUGUCUCAAUGCGCUCAUUUUUGUAUAUUUUCCAUUUUGUAAAGACGCAGAGCUUGAACGAAGAUGCUUUAUUGGUAUAUUUAUUUUAGACUUUGAUAUUAGCGACUAGAAUAUAUUUAAUAUCCACAAAGUAAGACUACACUUUUUCUAUAUACAUUUUUUAUUUACGGACUAAUUGGCAUCUAAACUCUUUAGAGGUAAGUUGUAAGAGGUGGAAGCAUACUAUUUCUAUUAAAGUGGCGCUUUUGUAAAGUACAUUUGCAGUUGAUAUUAUCAUACCUCAAAUUUUGGGGCUUUGACACUUGACGUUGUCGUUUGAAACUGAUAUAUGACUUUGACUCUUUGACCCGUGUCAGUGAGUCAGAGCACAGUUUAAUGCUAAAGAAUCAGUUAAUUCACUCUCGAAUUUUGACGGUUCCAAUUUUGCAAUUCAUUCCUAAGACAAAGUUUUGAAUGCGCAAAGGAUCAGUAGAAAAAUGCGCGGUGUUGCAAGAUUUAAAAUAUUCCAUUUUACUGAUUUAAGAAAAAUAAUAUAACAUUCACAGCACAUAAUAAUAUUAAUAAGUAAAGUAAAAAUAAACUAUACAAAUUAUUAUUUGGUUUAAAUAAAGUCAUGAGAACUUAUUCAAACAUAACCUCAAAACAUUCAUGAAAAUCAGAUGACAAUAACGACCAAUCACAGCAAACGUAGGUCAUUCAUCUGCGCAAAGGACUAACAUUUUUGAUGCGCCGUCACUAAAUGGAACACAGAAGGUUUUUCGUGGAGUGACCCUACUGAUUCUUUAGCAAUAUACUGUGGUCAAAGUAUCACAAUAAAAGUUUGAUGUUCUCUAUAAGACUUAUUAGAUGGAAAUAUUUAAUGCAUUGGACAAGGGUAUAAUAUUUUUGGUGUUAAGUAAAGACUUUUGUUUACAUUUGAAUUUAAAUUUAGUAUUUUAUCUCUUUUUGUUAGUGACACUAUAAGUUUUAUUGUGACCUGGCUAUAUGUAUUUUUACUGUAAUAUACAGGGUGUCCCGAAAAGAUUGGUCAUAAAUUAUACCACAGAUUCUGGGGUCAAAAAUAGGUUGAUUGAACCUCACUUACCUAUAUACAAUAGUGCACACAAAAAAGUUACAGCCCUUUGAAGUUACAAAAUGAAAAUCGAUUUUUGAAGAUAUUCUUCUUUAGCGGCGAAUCGAUUGAGGGUAAAAUUUGAUUGAUCCGCGCGCAUGCGCACACCGACAGUAUGGUAUUAGUUGUUAUACGGGCUCUGAUUGGGUGUUGAAAUUUUGAAAUGAUCUGUCAAUAAUUGUUCAAUAUGGAGGUUAUCGGUAAACAAAAAUAUUGUAUAAUAUUAGUUUUUAUUGAUGUGUGGACAGAAAUAAAAUGAAAUUUAUAAUUAUAGUGACUUUUUAAAUAGUUUUGAAAAGCCGCAGGUACGUAAUUCUAAAUGUUUCAGUUGAAAAUACCUAAUAGUUUCAAUACCUAUCUAUUUCGAAAAUGUAAACAAAAUAAUGUAGUUACCUAUUAGUAGGCAAUGCUUUAAUUUACAUAAUCUGAUUACGAACAAACUUUCUACAAAUCUUCAUCUCAUAUAUCGUUUUCUUACUCUAUAUUUUGUUGUAUUUUAUUUCGACAAAAAUCAAACUAAUAAUUUUAUUAAAUUCAUAUAAAUUUAUGGUGUAAACGUUUAGUUUGUGUAUAUUCCCACAUGACGUAUACGAGAGUUUGGUGCAGUUUGAAAUGGCGUCAACUUUCGUACGGCGCGGUAGACGUGAAGUGGGUUCAAGCCCCAAGCAAGUUAUUAUUUUUUUAUUUUUUUUUUAUAGAUUUUAUGAUUGUAAGUAUAUUAUUAUAUAAUUUUUGAAGAUAUUCUUCUUUUUUGAAAGUGGUAGAUAAGAAAGUUAGUUUGAUUUUUAAAUAAAAUAAGUACAAAUAACCUUUUAAGUAUAUUUACUUCGUUUAAAUUACCUAUUAUAUAAUAGAAGAAUAUCUUCUUACGUGCGUACAAAGUACACACACAUUCUUUUUUUCCAUAUAUCGAACUUAGAGAUUUUUUAUUGAAAAUGGACAUGUGGCAUUCUUAUGGCAACAACAUCUUAAAAAAACAUUAAAGUGAAAUUUGUGCACCCCAUAAAAAUUUUAUGGGGGUUUUGUUCCUUUAAACCCCCCCAAACUUGUGUGUACGUUCCAAUUAAAUUAUUAUUGUAGCACCAUUAAUUAAACACAAUGUUUUUAAAACUUUUUUUGCCUCUUAGUACUUUUUCGAUAAGCCAGUGUUUAUCGACAUAUUUUGAAUAUUUGUCGAAUUCACCACAUAUUUGUAUAUGGUUAAGUACGAUUAUAGAGACCUGUUAAUAAUCUAAAAAUUUAUUUAUAAUUUACAUUUUUAAGUAUAUUUUGAAAAAGAAGCCACAUCUCGAUAAUAGGUGACUUGUCAAAAAAAGACUAAGAAGCAAAAAGUUUUAAAAACACUGUGUUUAACUAAUGGUAUCACAAUAAUAGUUUAAUUGGAACGUACACAGACAUUUAGGGGGUUUAUAGGAACAAAAACCCCCAUAAAAUGUUUAUGUAAAUAUAUUAAAAAAGAAGCCGCAGCUCCAUAAAAACUGGUUUAUCGAAAAAAUACUAAGAGGCAAAAAAGUUUUAGAAACGUUGUGUUUAACUAAUGGUACCACAAUAAUGAAUUAAUUGGAACGUACACAAAAUUUUGGGGGGGUUUAAGGGAACAUAACCCCCAUAAAAUUUUUAUGGGGUGGACAAGCUUCACUAUAAUUUUGUUUUAAGAUGUUUCUGCCAUAUGAAUGAUACAUGUCCAUUUUUAAUAAAAAAUCUCUAAUACUUUUCGAUAUAUUAAAAAAAAAUCGAUUUUCAUUUUGUAACUUCAAAGGGCUGUAACUUUUUUUACGAGCACAUUUGUACUAAGGUAAGUUAGCUUCAAUCGAACUAUUUUUGACACGAGAAUGUGUGGUAUAAUUUAUGACCAAUCUUUUCGGGACACCCUGUAUAAUAUAAUGUAAUAAAAUAUGAUUGUAAAUGAACUGGAGAAAACGGCGCGUUAAUAUUUAUUGGUACUAUACCAUAUGUACUACGGAAAAGAGAUAAUAGGCUUCCCUGUGCUAUCUUAAUAGAAUGGAGCAUUAAAGAUUCGUUAAAAACCCUAAGGGCCGGUUGUUCGAACGCUAAUCAACAAUGAUCACUAUCAAAUAUUUAAUUACUGUCACAACUGUCAAUGUCAACUUUGGUUGGGUUGCUGAAAACAUAAUUUAUUAUAAUUAUGAGAUUAGUUAAUCAAUUAACAUAACAAUUAUUAACAUAAUUGAUUAACUAAUUUCAUAAUUGUAAUCAAUAAUUAUGUUUUCAGCAACCCAAUCAAAGUUGACAAUGACAGUUGUGACAGUAAUUAAAUAUUUGAUAAUGAUCAUUUUUGAUUAGCGUUCGAACAACCGGCCCUUAAUGUAUCUAUAUACCAGUAGUAGGUACAAUCCAUAAAUAAAAUUAAAUUAUUGGAAAAGGCAUUCAUCUAAAGCAUGGGUAAUAAGAAACUAGUUUUUCAAUACGAGGCAAUAUUUCUACAGAAAGUACAAGAAGAAGAGAAUGCAUAUGACGAUUUCAUAGAAUCUUUUUGAGUGAAUAUAGUGAUACCAAAGAAUAUAUACUCUCCUAGAAGAAGCGUUUGAAUGGUCACGUUUAUUUGUCACUUCAAAAUACUCGUUGAUACUCUUGUAGAGGACGACUGCAUAAACUCAAAUAGCCAACGACGCGGCAGCGUAAACUAUUAUUAGGCUUGGGGGAAAGUGAGAAAGGAAUACGAACGGAGCAAUUUAACUUUGCAUCCAGAUCAAAUAAAAUUUCGAUGCCAUUGAUUUGCAAAAUUCUUUUUUACAAUAAAAUCUUUAUUUUUAAUAUAUUAAAUUGUUACGUUUAUAAUUUAAAAACUUGAAAAGUUCAAUAUUAAAAGUAUUUAUUUGUUUAUUGCAUAUAAAUAAAAUUUUAUAACUUUGAAUUAAAAAUGAUUUUGUUCCAACACAACGAAAAACCGACACGGUAACCAUUUCAUCAAUAGAGUAAAAAUUUAUCAUUUUUAGAGAGUUUAAUUAUAUUAUUUACAUCGACGUCCGAUCUAAUAAGUGCAGGUUUCAAUUAGCAAGAACUAAUUUAAUUAAUAUUUGUUCUCAUCGUCUCUACAGUCAGAAACUGCACCGCAGUGCUCGCAGUUUUAAUUUUAGUAAGUGUUUAUCUUCAUUGAUUUUUAAAAUUUGAAAAUCCAAAAUAACACUUUAUUAUUUCGAAUUAUCAAAUUGUAAAAGACAAUUCUUUAGUGUAUGUGCUAAAAAGCAUUUCUACCAUAAUAACGAGAUCGGGAAUUGGUUUUUCAUCGAAACACCUUAGAAUUUUUUUAGAACUUCUGUCCCAGUGACUGAUGUUUAAUUAAUGUUAAUAAUAUUUUAUAAGAGAAGAGUUCUUUUGGUUUGUUUUAUGGCCUUGGUUUGGAACCUUUAGUUUUAAUUGUAUUAUUAUUUAUACCGUUUAUUAUUAUUUAUACACAUUUAAGUUGAAAAAUUGAAUCACAAUAUUGUUUAUACAGGGUGUCCCGGAAAAUAGUGCGUUCCUUUAAGGUAUGGAGAGAAUACACAAUUUAGAACAAAAAAGUCUUAUACCAUUUUUUUCUAAAGUUAACCGUUUCCAAAAAAAGAUAACAUUGUUUUCCAUAUACCUGUAUUUUAAUGUUUAGAAAUUUUAAUAAACCGGCAACAUCAUACGCACUACGGAAUAAUAACAGAUAAUAAGAACUCAUUUGCGAUUGUGAUUUACAGUAUUUAAAAUAAUCUAACCUAAUAGUAUUUAUGUAUUUACUAUUUGUUUACUAAAAUUAUUUUUUUGAAAUGUAUUGAAAUACCUAUUGCAUAAUUUUAAACGAAUUACACAUCUUUUAACAUAAAAACAAAUCUUUUAACUGAACAAGUAUUAUGUAUUUAGUAAGCUUUAAAUGUGUUGAAUGCUGAGGGCUUUAACUGAAUGACAUAGUUUACAGUGGAACUUGAAUAAUUAAGUUGUACUUACUUGAAAAUAAUUAUUAUACCGAAUAGAUGUUCAAAGUAUCCCACUUUCACAAACACCAUUCAUACGACGAGAAAUACCGGCAAAACAUUUUUAAAGAAAUAAUUAUAGUAUGUCUCUCCAUUCAGUGAUCUGCCAUAAAUAAUCAACAUAAUAACAUAAUAGGUAAUACACUCACGAUUCGAAAACAUUUUCGGCAUUGACACUAAAAGGAUUCUUUAAAACUAUCUGUCUUCUAUCUAUUUACAUGGAACUGUCUAUGCUUAAAUUUGCGUACUUCACAUAGUUGUCAGAUUUAAAUUUGCAUACCAAAAUGUAUUUUAAUUUUUUGGUCAAACGGUUGCAUUUAGAAAAAAGUGUUAUAAGAGUUUUUUGUUCUACAUGGUGCCUUCUACAUAUACCUUUAAGGAACGCACUAUUUUCCGGGCCACCCUGUAUAGUUCAGUUCUAAAAAAUUCAGUUAUUAAAAGUAAAAAUAAUAUUUUAUUUUUUACAAAAGAAUUAGUUGCCAUCAGUAGUUUUUAAUCUCUAAUUUUAUAAAAUACAAAAAUUUAAAAGGCAAGUAUUGUACGCACACGACCACAUGGCAUUUGAUAAGAAAAUAAGUAUUUAGGUAAGAAAAUAAGUAUCAAGUAUCUAAAGAAAGUUGCUCCACUCUUCCAUAUUUUAGAAAUAGGCUUGUUGAGGGAUGUUGCGGCCGCGGUGGGGAGAUCGCGCAAGCUCCGUAGUCGUUGUCAGGUCACAUGCACCUACUCAAUAUGAACACAAAAUCCUAUGCUGAAACGUUACAGGGCAGUACUCUUCUACUUAACGUCUAUAUUCUUUGGUGAUACACUCACGUUUAAUCAUAAUUUAGUUUACAAUCAAAGUAUUUUGACUGAAUUCUGCGAAGAACUUCUAGACUGACGCCUUUUUUAGAAGAGUUACGAUGAAACCUUCGCAAAAUUUAAAGGAAAUUAAAUAGAUUGUAACAGUAAUUACUGUAAGCUACACAUAACGUAAUAAAUUAAGAAAGACGGGGCCCUUGGGAGGAAAAAGUCUAAAAAGAGAAGCUGUCAGACACAAAGGAAAAGAACGAGAGGGGUAAUUGGAGAGAGGGCGAAAGUUAGAAAAAGA